AUGCCCGUUGCACCGGGCGACACUUCGCCUCAAGCUGUCGACGACUCCGCACAGGAGCAGCCAAGAGAGAACUUAUCAGCGUCGACAGGGCUUGUGAAACGUGCGGUAGAGAGGACCGUCGAUAGAUUUGACAAACUUUCCAAGAGUGUCAGCGGGAAACCAUCGACUCCAAGUUCUCCAGGUACAAGCCCUACAGCAUCAGGACCCAGACGUAUAUUUAGCCUAAGCCGAAAGGCCAAGGGAAAGCAGAGGCCUGAUGAUGUCCCUAAUGCUACCUACGUCGCCGGUGAGGUUACGCGUUCUCCAUCGUCGACUCCCAGCGCUUCGCGCCCUACUUCACCCAAACGUUCCUCUUCUACCGUGGUGCCGAAGAAACAUGCAGACGAUUCCCCCUUCAUCACCCCACCGUCGCCUCUGUUGGUACCGACUAGGCCGUCCUUGUCUUCCUUCCGAGGAGACGGUUCUAUGCGCGCCGGGACACAAACCCUCAUUCAGGCCCUUCAGGCCAUCCCCUGGACGGACGAUCCCGACAAUGACGAUGACAUAAUGGAGCACAACUUACCUGCCUUGGAUUCCGAGAGCGACGAAGAUAGCAAGCAAGCCGAACCCAUGGCAUCCUCGAUUCAUGCAAUAUACAGACCGCUUGCUCGCUCUCGACGAGGUGAUAUUGGAGCUUCGACGAGGAAGCUUCAUCGCAGCAGUUCGCGCAUUAGCGAAGAGUCAAAUUCUGGACCGGAAAGUCCUUCGGACUCGGAGGAAACAGAGGAACAAGAGGAUUUCGAGCAGACUACUCCACAGCUCGUAGGCGCCCCCAUGCCCCGAGCUUUGGCUUUGGCUCAAGCUGGGGCAACCUCGUCACCCGGGCCGUCAAGGAUCGUGCCAAUACGAACUGGUAGCAUGGCUACGGUCCGACUCCAGAGACGUUCGCUACUCGCGGAGAAGUUGAGGGAAGUCUUUGAACUAGAUGGUAUAGAGGAAGUUCUAGCUGAAAUGCCUUGUUGGCUACUCCGCUCAGUUCUCCUACAAGGCUACAUGUAUCUCACGAACUCCUACCUUUGUUUCUUCGCGCACAUGCCUGCACGAGAGGACCAAAUUCUGAAAUCAGGCUCAUUGACCAAGAAAGCUCAGCGAACCAAGCGCUGGAUUAAGCAUUGGUUUGUCUUGAAGAACGAUGCAUUGUCGUGGUAUCAAUCCUCUUCGGAUCCUUACUUCCCGCAUGGCAUUGCUGACCUUCGCUAUGCCAUCUCGUGUGAACCGGUAAACGAGAAGGAGAUCAAGCUAAGGACCAAUCAGAAGACUAUCAUGCUGUCUGCCGAUUCCAUCCCAAGUCGAGACGAAUGGGUGAAGGCCAUUAAGAAGGUUAUUUUCAAGGCCCAAAACAUGGGAGAUAGUGUUAAGAUUGCUAUACCUUAUGCAGCAAUUCUCGACGUGGAGAAGUCCUCGGCCAUGGACUUCAGUGAGACCAUAGAGAUCAAGGUCUUCGAUCAAGAGGGACAAUAUUCCUUUGACUCUUAUUUCUUUGCCUAUUUUAAUGACCUUCCUGGUGCUCUGGACCAAAUUCGCACAGCCGUACGGACUGCUCGCGUAUAUCCUCAUGGAACGGGCUCGCCCAAGGCCGUCAUAGAUACCACCGCUAUCCGUCCUGCCCCUGCCCCUCACGUCAACAGCUUCCCCCCUUCCGAUGCUCAGCUACCGCAAUCUUCCUCUUCACGAUUUAGAUUAACGUCACUACUACGACCAUUCCAAGACUCGCUUUCUCUCACCCGUGCUACGACCUCACCAGAAAUUUCAGACGAUAACGAGUUCACUCACGUUUCCCGGAGGCCUAAUUCUUUCGUUCCAAUUUCCGGGCCUCUGCAGCGCAAUUCAAAGACGUCUCCUGAUUUGCACCUUCCUCUUCCAGAGCCAUCUAUCUCAACAUCGUCAAGUCCCGCUGCUACCACGCCGAGCGGCGAACAUACGUACCCACCUUCUACUUCAUCUUCGCGCACAUUUCCUAACAAUCCUGAAUUGAGCAGAGAGCCACCGUCAACUACCUCGAGUGCUUGGAGCGUUGGUGUUCCAUCGUGGUUCAGAACCCCACGCAAGGUAUUUAGUGGCAUCUCAAACUCCAUGCCCUCUUCGGCUUUGGAUUCGGCGCAAACUAUGCCCGGCGUGAGGGAGGUGUAUUCAUCAAGCAUGGCAUCUUCUGGUAGUCGAUUCGGCGUUGAGAACAUGGCGUACAGUAUACUGCAAACUCCAGAUACAGGCAUCGAUCCUGAGGUUCAGGAGAAGUUCAGGACUGCGUUUGCUUACGAUGAGAAGGAGACCCUGUUGGGGUACUUCCCUGGCUACAUCUUUCGUUUAUUGCCAGUGUAUGGACGACUCUACGUUUCCACAAACUACUUCUGCUUCAAGUCUAGUGGGCCUUUGGCGGUCAGAACUCGGAUGGCGCUUCCUAUCCGUGAUGUUCUUUCCACAGAAACAUCGAAGGCCACGCGCUUCGGUCAUCACGGCCUCAUAGUCAUCGUUAAGGGUCACGAAGAGUUGUUUUUCGAGUUCGGGGCAGAGGACAAACGGGAUGCAUUCAUGGCUCUCCUUGAUCGACAGAUCGAGGAUUGCCAGAGGAGAUUGGCGUCUGGUGAUGCCCCGUUGCCAACUCAAGGGGAACGCGACGCCCUUAUAUUGGAGGAAUUCGACGCUCGUCCAUCUCCUAGUAGUGAUCCUGAUCCAAGACCUCCCCCAGAGAACAUGACUGAUUCGUUGCCCGCAGUCAUGUUUACCUCAGCAUCCUCAACCUUCCUAACAUUUAAACCCAAGGAGUCUUUGCACUUUACCUUCCUAACCAUUGGGUCACGGGGUGAUGUACAACCUUAUAUAGCACUUGGUAAAGGACUCAUGGCCGAUGGACACCGCGUGCGCAUCGCCACUCACGGCGAGUUCAAGGAAUGGGUGGAAUCUUAUGGGCUUGAAUUUGGCUACGUGGGGGGUGAUCCUGCAGAGUUAAUGCGUAUUUGCGUGGAGAAUGGGAUGUUUACACUUUCGUUCAUGAAGGAGGCCAUGCAGAAGUUCCGGGGGUGGUUGGAUGAUCUUCUAAAAACCUCGUGGGAAGCGGCGCAAGGAACUGAUGUGCUUAUCGAGAGCCCAAGCGCUAUGGGUGGUUAUCACAUCGCCGAAGCGCUAGGAAUUCCAUAUUUCCGGGCCUUUACCAUGACAUGGAGUCGCACUAGGGCAUAUCCCCAUGCUUUUGCCGUACCAGAGCGAAAGAUGGGCGGCAGCUACAACUACAUGUCCUAUGUGAUUUUCGACCAAGUCUUCUGGCGCGCCACAGCUGGGCAGAUAAACCGAUGGCGACGCAACCUUCUACACCUCGGGAGCACCAGUCUAGAUAGGAUGGAACCGCACAAAAUACCUUUCCUUUACAAUUUUAGCCCCCACGUUGUGCCCCCUCCGCUAGAUUGGCCCGAAUGGAUUCGCGUUACUGGGUAUUGGUUCCUCGAUGACGCCGAUGUUAGCGCGAAGAAAUGGACGCCGCCGCCAGAUCUGGUGAAAUUCAUCGAUUCGGCACAUCAACAGGGCAAGAAAGUGGUGUACAUUGGCUUCGGCAGUAUCGUCGUGUCCGAUCCGAAAGUCAUGACGCAGUGUGUAAUCGAUGCCGUUGUUCAAAGCGGGGUCUGCGCUGUGUUAUCGAAAGGAUGGUCGGAUCGGCUCCAUGUCAAAACAUCAGAUGCAUCAGAACCAGAAGAACCUCUCCCCAGCUCCAUAUACGCUAUCUCUUCAAUCCCGCACGAUUGGCUGUUCAAGCGGAUUGAUGCUGCCUGUCACCACGGCGGGGCGGGAACCACUGGGGCUAGUUUGCGAGCUGGAAUACCGACAAUUAUAAAACCCUUCUUCGGUGACCAGUAUUUCUGGGCUGAUAGGGUCGAAGCCUUGGGUGUUGGCUCUGGUGUUCAGAAGCUCACUGUCGAGACUUUGACUGAAGCGUUAGUCACGGCUACUACGGAUGUUAAGCAAAUCAGUCGCGCGAAGGUAUUGGGAGAAAAGAUUCGUGGGGAAAACGGCGUUGCCACAGCCAUUGAAGCCAUUUACAGAGACUUGGAGUAUUCGAGGUCUCUGAUCAAGAAGCAGGCCGCCAACGACGCGACCGAUGACCUUGAGGAGUCCACCAUUCGGGACCAGGCUCAUUCGUCCGGUAUCGAGCCACCCUCCGGCUAUAGCUCCUCUAACUCAGCUCGAGGAGCCCCGAGUGAGGAUUGGAGUGUUAUAUCUGAUACAGAGGACCACGAUCGUCGCUCUUCCGACAGCUCUCGGCAUAGUGAAUGCAAAUCAGACCGAUGUCAUAAUAAGCGUAAUAGCCUCGCUGCAGCCGUGUUGUCUGUUUUACCAGACUCCCUCAAUCCAGGUUCUCCACGCCGUCGUUCUCUAUCUAUUAAUUCCCGCUCUUAA